CUUUACACAGAACAGAGGAACGACAUGGCGUCCACAAGCCGUGGAGAUGGGCUGUCCCUGCCCAGAGUGACCUGUCCAAACCAUCCGGAUGCCUGUUUGGUGGAGGACUACAGAGCCGGGGACAUGAUCUGCCCAGAAUGUGGCCUUGUUGUUGGUGACAGAGUAAUUGACGUAGGCUCUGAGUGGAGAACGUUCUCAAAUGAAAAAGCCCUCAAAGACCCAUCUCGAGUGGGAGACGCCCAGAACCCUCUGCUCAACGGAGGAGACCUGACCACAAUGAUCAGCAAGGGAACAGGAGCAGCUAGUUUUGACGAAUUUGGAAACUCCAAAUACCAAAACAGACGAACAAUGAGCAGUUCAGACCGCGCCAUGCUCAACGCCUUCAAAGAGAUCAGUACCAUGGCCGAUCGGAUCAACCUGCCCCGGAACAUCGUGGACAGGACAAACAACCUGUUCAAACAGGUCUAUGAACAGAAGAGUUUAAAGGGACGAGCCAACGAUGCCAUUGCCUCAGCCUGCCUCUACAUUGCCUGUCGACAGGAGGGUGUUCCACGAACGUUCAAAGAGAUUUGUGCCGUGUCCAGGAUCUCAAAGAAGGAGAUUGGUCGCUGUUUCAAACUGAUCUUGAAGGCUCUGGAGACCAGUGUGGACCUGAUCACCAGUGGAGACUUUAUGUCCCGCUUCUGCUCCAAUCUGGGCCUCCCCAAACAGGUGCAGAUGGCAGCCACCUACAUUGCCCGCAAGGCCGUGGAUAUGGAUCUGGUGCCUGGGCGCAGCCCUAUCUCUGUGGCAGCUGCUGCCAUCUACAUGGCCUCUCAGGCUUCAGCUGAGAAAAAGACACAGAAAGAGAUUGGGGACAUCGCUGGUGUGGCGGAUGUGACGAUUCGACAGUCUUAUCGGCUGAUCUACCCUCGCGCCGCAGAGCUCUUCCCCACAGACUUUAAGUUUGACACACCAGUGGAGAAGCUGCCCCAGCUGUGAUCUGCUCUCUGAAGCUCUGGCCUUUGUGGAGGCUGGAUGGACGGCACAUUCCUCUCAGCCGCAGACUGUCCUGUACAUAUCUGUCCCGUGGACGCCUGGCGCCACGCCAUUUUAGGCUGUUUUCUUCUUGUAAACAGACUUUCAUUUUGUAGGAAACGACCAGCUUCUAUUUUGUUUGAAUCCUUCAAGCUAUUUAAAGAAUUAAAGAUUUUCCUUAAAGUCCUACAGUCA